CGCGCGGCUCGCGAGAGCUUCCUUGAACUUUGACCUCGCCCCAAGCGCGAGCUGUGGCCGUCUCGGGUUCUGUUCCUUUCCCCUCCUCUCGCCUGAGCGAGGCCGCUCCCUCCCCCCCGUGUCACCAAGUGGCGAUGAGCCUGCCCUCCCGGCGGCGCCCUCACUGAUCCCCUCCCUUCUCGCUCCGCGCCGCCCCCGCGGACACAGCCGCCGCCGCACCCAGCCAGCGCCGUCCCCAGCAGCGGGCGAGGUGGAGCCGGCGAGGCCCAGACGACGCCCCCCACCGGGACCAUCAACAUGGCGAGCGCCUCCUACCACAUCUCCAACCUGCUGGAGAAAAUGACAUCCAGCGACAAGGACUUCAGGUUUAUGGCUACAAAUGACUUGAUGACUGAACUACAGAAGGAUUCCAUCAAGUUGGAUGAUGACAGUGAAAGGAAGGUCGUGAAGAUGAUUCUGAAGUUACUAGAAGAUAAGAAUGGCGAGGUGCAAAACUUGGCUGUCAAAUGUCUUGGCCCUUUGGUGAGUAAAGUGAAGGAGUAUCAAGUGGAGACCAUUGUGGAUACACUCUGUACUAACAUGCUUUCAGAUAAAGAGCAGCUACGUGAUAUUUCAAGCAUUGGCCUUAAAACAGUCAUUGGAGAACUUCCUCCAGCUUCCAGUGGAUCUGCAUUAGCAGCUAAUGUUUGUAAAAAGAUCACAGGGCGUCUUACAAGUGCUAUAGCCAAGCAGGAAGAUGUGUCUGUCCAAUUAGAGGCCUUGGAUAUCAUGGCUGAUAUGCUGAGCAGGCAAGGAGGACUGCUUGUUAACUUCCAUCCUUCAAUUCUGACCUGUCUGCUCCCCCAGCUGACUAGUCCCAGGCUUGCUGUGAGGAAAAGAACCAUCAUUGCUCUUGGUCACUUGGUUAUGAGUUGUGGCAAUAUAGUUUUUGUUGACCUCAUUGAACAUCUGUUGACAGAGCUGUCUAAAAACGAUUCCAUGUCAACAACUAGGACCUAUAUACAGUGUAUUGCUGCUAUCAGUAGGCAAGCAGGUCAUAGAAUAGGUGAAUAUCUUGAGAAAAUAAUCCCUUUAGUGGUAAAAUUUUGUAAUGUAGAUGAUGAUGAACUAAGAGAAUAUUGCAUUCAAGCUUUUGAAUCUUUUGUUAGGAGAUGUCCUAAGGAAGUUUAUCCUCAUGUGUCUACCAUUAUAAACAUUUGUCUUAAAUACCUUACCUAUGAUCCUAAUUACAAUUAUGAUGAUGAAGAUGAAGAUGAAAAUGCCAUGGAUGCUGAUGGUGGUGAUGAUGAUGAUCAAGGGAGUGAUGAUGAAUAUAGUGAUGAUGACGAUAUGAGCUGGAAAGUGAGACGUGCAGCAGCUAAAUGUUUAGAUGCUGUGGUUAGCACACGACAUGAAAUGCUUCCAGAAUUCUACAAGACCGUAUCUCCUGCUUUAAUAGCCAGAUUCAAAGAGCGUGAGGAGAAUGUAAAAGCAGAUGUUUUCCAUGCGUAUCUUUCUCUCUUAAAACAAACUCGACCUGUGCAGAGUUGGCUGUGUGAUCCUGAUGCAAUGGAACAAGGAGAGACACCUUUGACAAUGCUUCAGAGUCAGGUUCCCAACAUAGUUAAAGCCUUGCACAAACAGAUGAAGGAGAAGAGUGUGAAGACUCGUCAAUGUUGUUUUAACAUGCUAACUGAACUGGUAAAUGUUUUACCUGGAGCCCUAACACAACACAUUCCUGUACUUGUGCCAGGGAUAAUUUUUUCACUGAAUGACAAAUCAAGUUCCUCUAAUUUGAAGAUUGAUGCUUUGUCUUGUCUGUACGUGAUCCUGUGUAACCAUUCUCCCCAAGUCUUCCAUCCUCAUGUUCAAGCACUGGUGCCUCCAGUUGUAGCUUGUGUUGGAGAUCCUUUUUACAAGAUAACAUCAGAGGCACUUCUGGUUACACAGCAGCUUGUGAAGGUCAUUCGUCCUUUAGACCAGCCUUCUUCCUUUGAUGCCACACCUUAUAUCAAAGAUUUGUUUACUUGCACCAUCAAGAGACUGAAGGCUGCUGACAUUGAUCAGGAAGUAAAAGAGAGGGCAAUCUCCUGUAUGGGCCAGAUCAUCUGCAGCCUUGGUGAUAAUCUGGGCACAGACCUGCCUACUACACUUCAGAUCUUCCUAGAGAGACUAAAGAAUGAGAUUACUCGGUUAACGACAGUGAAGGCUUUGACGCUGAUUGCUGGUUCUCCUUUGAAGAUAGAUCUGAGACCAAUCCUUGGGGAAGGAGUUCCUAUCCUUGCCUCUUUCCUCAGAAAGAACCAGCGAGCUUUGAAACUAGGCACGCUUUCUGCUCUAGAUAUCUUAAUUAAAAAUUACAGUGACAGCUUGACAGCUGCCAUGAUUGAUGCUGUCCUGGAUGAGCUUCCACCUCUUAUCAGUGAAAGUGAUAUGCACGUUUCACAGAUGGCCAUCAGUUUUCUAACUACCCUGGCUAAAGUGUAUCCUUCCUCCCUCUCAAAGAUCAGUGGGUCCAUUCUUAAUGAACUUAUUGGCCUGGUGAGAUCACCAUUAUUGCAGGGUGGAGCACUUAGUGCUAUGCUAGAAUUUUUCCAAGCUUUGGUUGUGACUGGAACAAAUAACUUAGGAUAUAUGGAUUUAUUACGCAUGUUAACAGGUCCAGUGUACUCGCAGAGCACUGCACUUACUCACAAGCAGUCUUAUUAUUCCAUUGCCAAAUGUGUAGCUGCCCUUACACGCGCUUGCCCUAAAGAGGGACCAGCUGUAGUAGGUCAGUUCAUUCAGGAUGUCAAGAAUUCAAGGUCCACAGAUUCCAUUCGUCUUUUAGCUUUGCUGUCUCUUGGGGAAGUUGGGCAUCACAUUGAUCUAAGUGGACAAAUUGAGCUCAAGUCUGUAAUACUAGAAGCAUUCUCCUCUCCUAGUGAAGAAGUCAAGUCUGCAGCAUCUUAUGCCCUUGGCAGUAUUAGUGUUGGCAAUCUUCCUGAAUAUCUACCAUUUGUCUUACAAGAAAUAACCAGUCAGCCUAAGAGGCAAUACCUACUUCUCCAUUCUUUGAAAGAAAUAAUUAGCUCUGCAUCAGUGGUAGGCCUCAAACCAUAUGUUGAGAACAUCUGGGCCUUACUGCUGAAACACUGUGAGUGUGCAGAAGAGGGUACCAGGAAUGUUGUUGCUGAAUGCUUGGGCAAGCUUACUUUAAUAGACCCAGAGACUCUGCUACCACGGCUCAAGGGAUAUUUGGCAUCAGGGUCAUCAUAUGCGCGAAGUUCAGUGGUUACUGCUGUGAAGUUCACGAUUUCUGAUCAUCCACAACCCAUAGAUCCCCUAUUAAAGAACUGCAUAGGUGAUUUUCUAAAAACAUUGGAAGACCCAGAUCUCAAUGUAAGGAGAGUGGCCCUAGUGACGUUUAAUUCAGCAGCACACAAUAAACCAUCAUUAAUAAGAGACCUUUUAGAUACUGUGCUUCCUCAUCUUUACAAUGAAACAAAAGUCAGAAAGGAACUAAUAAGAGAGGUGGAAAUGGGACCAUUCAAGCAUACAGUUGAUGAUGGGCUGGACAUUAGAAAGGCAGCUUUUGAGUGCAUGUACACUCUUUUAGAUAGCUGUCUCGAUAGGCUAGACAUAUUUGAAUUCCUAAACCAUGUUGAAGAUGGUUUGAAGGAUCAUUAUGACAUUAAGAUGCUAACGUUUUUAAUGUUGGUGAGACUAUCUACUCUUUGUCCAAGUGCAGUACUGCAGAGGUUGGAUAGGCUUGUCGAACCCUUACGUGCCACAUGUACAACAAAGGUAAAGGCAAACUCAGUGAAACAGGAGUUUGAAAAACAAGAUGAACUGAAGCGGUCUGCCAUGAGGGCAGUAGCAGCCCUUCUAACCAUUCCAGAAGCAGAGAAGAGUCCGUUAAUGAGUGAAUUUCAGUCACAGAUAAGCUCUAACCCUGAGCUGGCAGCAAUCUUUGAAAGUAUCCAGAAAGAUUCAUCAUCCACUAACUUAGAAUCAAUGGACACUAGUUAGAUGUUUGUUCAAAAUGGGGACCAUUACGUUGAACCAUAUGAUGCACUGAAUUGACAGGUUAAGAGUAAGAAACAGAAAAAUAUCUAAUCUUCACAUUGUUCCACUUUAUUUACCUUUAUGGAGACAGUUGGCUUUUUCCCAUUGUUGCUUUUCUAGCAUUUAUUCCAGAAAUACGUAUUUCCAUGAUCCAGAAGUUGUAAACCACUCAUGUUUUAGUGGAUUUGGCCACAUUUGAAAUGGAAAUAAAAGGUUAAAACAUAUGGUGUAUGGAAAUAGGUUCCAACAUCCAUUUGCCCUGUAAUGUUUAGGAUUAAAAUGUUAAAAUUUUGUGACCAUGUUUUUUUUUCUUUUUUUAAAAUUUUCUUCUUUCUGUAAAAACAAAACCACCAUGUUUUUGUAUAACUUUUAUUCUUUUGUGUUUCAGCUACAUAAAUUGAUUUGGCUGGCCGAUAAGAAAUUCUUCUGUGUAAGAUUUAUUAUAUUGCAGAGGUUUUGGGCACAGUUUAAAAAAUGCAGACAUAGGUAAAUGUCAUUUUUAAAGGUGUGGGGAUUAGAAAAUUAAUAUCCCUGUUGUGCACACUAACUUUGCAUGAGCAAGUUUACAAAUAUAUAUUGUCUGUAAAACAGCAUGUGCAGUUUAUUCAUAAUACAUCUUAAAAUAAGUAAUACUGCAUCAGUGCAAUUUUCAGGUAUUUAUUUUUACAUAGAAAAUGCAUUCAUAGAGGAAGGGAAGAGGGUUAAAUUUGAAUCUGUUUUUUUAAGUGUAGGUGUGGUGAACUACAGGUAUUUUUACAGUGAAAGUAAUUUUGUCUGCUAAACCAGUGUUUCCCAACAUGGAGGAUGGAUUCCCCUGGAGGUGUGGGGGUAGACAAGCAAGGAGGUUGGGAUGGUUGGGCAGAGAAUAGUAGGUGGGAGAAAACUGCAUAACUCUGGACCCAGCUCACCCUCUAUUAUAAAUGUGUGCCAGAAGGUGGCUUCUUGAAAGGCCUCUGCCUUGCAUCCCUCAGCUCUUAAUAGUGCAAGUAAUGUGCAGCAUUGCUGCCAGGAAACUCUUCUCUUUCGUAAUAGUGGUCAGAAGGAAUAGCACAUGUGUUCUGGUCACAUUGAAUCAUCAAUGGACUCCCAUACCUGAAGCAUCUGGUGAGUGGGAAACACAGGAACAGUCAUGAAUGAGACCAAACUGGAAAACUAGAUAGCAAAAAGAUACACAAGAAAAGAAGUAGUAAUAAAUGGACAAAGACUGCAGCAACUGUGCCGGGGCCUCGUGAAGGGGGACACUGAGGUGGUGGGUGCUUGUCCAUCAAUUCAUUGGAAGUGGCUUCAUCAGAAAAAAGUUGGAAACCCACUGCCUUAAACUGAUUAAUGUAAAAUUCCAAUCUCUGUUUCAUAUCUUUCUCUAGUUUAGUUUUGCUUGAUAACUUUUAGCCAUUUAGAAAUUCUUGAAGCCCAAUACUACCACCUUUUUCUAGCAAACAUUGAUUCUUACAGGACUACCUGUAGCAUGCUUUGUCUAAGAAUUCUGUGGCGCUUAGUAGGUUGUCAGGAUUUGUUAGCUAACAGAGGUGAAUUGUUUAAUUUUACUUACCCAUUUAUACCUUGGUGGGGUUUUGAUGCCUUUUACUUUAAAAGGACCUGAACUGAGAGGAAAAGUUUACAUGAACUCAUACAGUAGUUACAGUUUCAAAUAAUGGGGCAACAUUAGCAUCAUUUGAUGUUGUAGCUUCUGAUCUAUCCUCAAAAUCUUCAUGCUUAUGUAACUGGAAGUUGACUUCUGGAAAUGGAGUUGGUCAGUUUAUCUCCUUCAAGUACCAACAUAUUUAAAUGUAGUGGAAGGGGGACUAAAGGUGAAAAGUAGUGAUGGCUGAUUUUAGUGAGAAAUUAUAUUUGGAAAAUGCACCUUUUUAUUAUUGGAACCAUGAAUUGAGUAUUUCCUCUGCUGUGUACCUUAUCUGUUUUAACAACUGUACUAAUUAAGAAUGUAUUGUGGUUAUUAGUUAACAGCAAAAUACUAGGAUCCUACGUUGUCUAAUGUGCACUCACAAUAAGUGCGAAGGGUUUAUAGACUUAGACAUAGGAAAGGACAAUCUGAAAAUUUAAGCUUCGUAAGGGACACUGAAAGAGUAAAUUUAGAUACAAGUGUAAUAAGACUUCUCCUUGGAGAAAUUGCUACAUAUUAGUCAGUAUUACAAGGUAUCUAAUGUUGUGGAUACUCAAACUUACUUGGUUUUCUUGUUCCACAGUAAAUUGCAAUACAGCAAGCUCCAGGACUAAGCAGGAGCUUGAGAUUCUAUUUGGUUGACAUUUCUCUGUAAAAUGCAGAGUUUCAAGGCCAAACAUUGAAAGAUGUGAAAGAAAGCGUAGCACAGUAAGCGGAACAAACAAUAUAUAAGCUACACUUUGACCAUUGAAGUUGCAGGUAGGGGAGGAAGAGAGAACUAAAUUUUCUUAUGCAGAAGAAAACUUUUAGGACAAAAUUACAGAAAUGAAAGUAUGGUAAGAUUUCUGGUCAGUAAUUACAAAGAAACUCAUUGUCUUCCAACAAAGCAGGAAGUCACUACAUCAGAUUUAAACAUGUAUUUAGGUGCCUAAAGAUACAAACUGGCAUCUAGCGGGGCUUACAAAAGUGCCUGUCUUGCACCUUCAGCACCUCAAUGCCCUCCCAUCCUUCUUUCGUAGCAUAGUUUGUGAUGCAGACAGUGCUAUUUAUCAUAUGAAAUGAUAGUGUAGGAGUUUUUCAAAUUUUAAGGUAAGUGUUUGACAAUAUGUAUAUUAAACCACUGUUAAAAAAAAUCAAGUAACUUACAACUCUGAAAGCUUAUGCUCAUUUUCUAUUCUGAUUGACAUUUUGUCCCUCAAAUUUGUCAGACUUGUUUUCUCCUAGAAAGUAUCAGUAAAAUGGCAACUGUUGCUGCAGCACCAGCACGGUUCAGUUUGAGUGAAUCGAAACAGUGGCGAGUGUUUAUAAAAUCUUUUGAAAAAAUCUUCAUACUUAGGCUUUGUCUACACUGGCACUUUCAUUGCUAAAACUUUUGUUGCUCAGGGGUGUGAAAAACGCCCGCUGAAUGACACAAGUGUUAAUGAUGAAAAGUGCUGGUAUGGACUUACUGGUGUGGACCUACUGCCCCCCGUUGGAGGUGAUUUUAUUUUGUAGCCGGGAGAGCGCUCUUCUGGCAAUAAAGAGUGGCCACACAGCACACUUUACAACGGCACGGCUGCAGCGGCACAGCCGCGCCGUUGUAAGGUGUGCAGUGUGGACAUAGCCUUAGUUAGCUUUCUGGUUUGUUUAAAUAUAAUUGCUAAAAACAGCUGAAUUGGUGAUUGUAUUUUCUAUUGCAUGUCUUAGCAUUAGGCUAUUAUGAAUUUGCCUGCGGUAGGAGAAUUGGAAAGAGAAACUUAAUGAAAGCUUUGGGAGAGCAUUCUCAUACAAUAUUUCUUUCCAUUGUUUGAGAUAUUAUCUGCUUACAGAUCUUUCCCUAUCGAUUUCCUCCUUUCAGUGAGCAAACUGACUUCAGUUUUUGGAUGUCACUGAAAUGAACAGCUGUUUGUAGUUACUUUAUCAGUGCACAAGGACAGCACAGCUCUAAGAACACUGUUCAUUAGUUGACUGCCGCAAAGCCUGCACCAGGAAGAUUGGGAUGCAAAGUGUUUUUUUGAUAAACAAUUUAAGGCAUGGUUCUCUAAAAAGUGACUAUUAAAAUGGCAUC